AAGAAGGAAAAACAUACCAUAUGCACCAACCAUUUCCUCAGUAUAUAUCUACUUAAGUUUGGCAUAUAUAUUAUCAUCAACCACAAUUUAGUUCAAUUAGUGAUCAUCAAAAAGAUGUUAUCAACAUCCUGUUUAUUUCUGUUUGCACUUGUUGUUGAGUUUUCCAUUGAUUAUCCACUAGUGCUUGUUCAUGCACAGAAUGGCUUUGUGAGCAUAGAUUGUGGAUUGCCUGAAGGUUCUGACUACACUGUACCUUCUACUGGAAUCCACUAUCAAUCUGACGCAGACUAUAUCGAUGGUGGUGAGAGCAGAAGUUUAGCAUCCAUAGGCAACUCUCCGGAAACAUACCUAAAAACCCUCAGAAGAUUUCCUCAGGGACAGAAAAACUGUUACACCAUCAAACUGUCGCCCGGGAGACGUAACAAGUAUCUGAUACGAGCUAAUUUUCGGUAUGGUAACUAUGAUGGUUUAAAUGAAUUACCUGCAUUCGAUCUCAACCUGGGAGCAGACACCUGGAGCAAUAUUGUGAUCCCAGAUAGUGCGACAACUGUUAGAAAAGAGAUCAUACAUGUUCUAUCUUCAGAUUAUGUACAUGUUUGUCUCAUAAAGACAGGGAAUACCACCCCUUUCAUCUCAUCAUUGGAGUUGAGACCUAUCGAAAGUGCCAAUAACAUCUAUACCUCUGCUUUUGGAUCAUUGCAGAGCCUUUAUCACAGGGAUUGCACUGGAACGCCCGGUAUAUUUACCAGGUACAGUGAUGACAUUUUUGAUCGAAUAUGGUGGCCGGUUAGCUGGAGCAGUACAGGAAGCAGAACGCAGUCAGACAUUAAUAAUUUGAAUAAUUACCGAGUACCAGAAAAUGUGCUGAGGACUGCCAGUGGACCGGACAACGUAAGUGAACCCUUUGAGUUCUCUUGGGACGCGACGAGUGCCAGUGAUCAAUUUUAUGUUUACCUGCACUUUGCUGAAGUGGUAGAACUACAACCCAAUCAAUCCAGAGAAUUCAACAUCUACUUAAACGAACAACUGUGGUAUAAAGGACCGUUUGUUCCACUGUAUUUGGAGGUGAAUACCGUUUUAUCUAAUUCAGUAGUGACAGGCAAAACCAGGUAUACAAUCUCACUCAAGAAAACAGAAAAUUCAACCCUUCCACCCAUUAUCAAUGCCUACGAGAUUUAUAGUGUGAAGAAAUUCUCAGACUCAGGAACAAAUGAGACAGAUGUCUCAGCGAUUCUUAACAUCAAGUCCACAUAUGAAGUGACAAAAGACUGGCAAGGAGAUCCAUGUGAACCACAAGACUUUCACUGGGAAGGUCUUAAUUGCAGCUACCCUAGCUCUAAUCACUCCGCCAGGAUAAUAUCAUUGAACUUGUCAAGCAGUCAACUGACAGGAGAGAUCAUUCCCUCUAUAGCCAAUCUUACACAACUAAGAACUUUGGAUUUGUCUAACAAUAGCCUAAGCGGGCAAGUGCCAGAAUUUUUAUCUCUACUCCCUUUAAGUGUGCUGAAGUUGAAAGGAAAUCAGUUUACUGGUCCACUUCCAGCUCAACUCUUAGAAAACCAAAAGAAUGGGAUUCUGUCAUUGAGUUAUGACGACUCUGGAGAUAAAGAGAAGAAGAACAAGUAUAUUCCUGCAAUUGUCGCAACUGUACUUGGUUUGCUACUCUUGGCUGCUAUACUGUUUGGCAUGUGGAUGAUCAGAGGGAGAGUGAUGCUAGCGUUUACGAAAGCAGGUAAGCAACCAGAAGCAAGUAUAAGUGACAUAGAGAGAAUUAGAAAGGACAGACUGUUUACGUACUCCCAGGUUGAGGAAAUAGCUGAUAAUUUCCAAGAAAUGCUGGGUAAAGGUGGUUUCGGCAGAGUGUAUCGUGGCUCUCUAGAUGGCACUCAGGUUGCUGUAAAGAUACUACUCUCCCCACCAACAACAAGAAGUGAUUUUAAAAACGAGGUGAGUCUGUUGAUGAGGAUUCACCAUAAGAACUUGACCUCUAUGGUUGGUUACUGUGACGAGGAACCGAACAUGGGUAUCAUUUAUGAGUACAUGGCUGGACGGAACUUAGAGGAGUAUCUCUCAGGAAAUAGCAUAGGCAUUUCCAACUGGGUUGAAAGACUUAAAAUAGCACUGGAUAUAGCACAAGGACUGGAGUAUUUGCACCAUGGAUGCAAACCUGCAAUCAUCCACAGAGAUGUGAAAACAACUAACGUCUUAUUGAACGAACAAUUCGAAGCAAAGUUGGCUGAUUUUGGCUUGUCUAGAGCUUACUCAGAUCAAGGGGGCACUCACGUAUCAACAAUUCAUGUCGCUGGCACUCCUGGUUAUAUUGACCCCGAUUAUCAAUAUAACAACAAGAAGCUAACGGAAAAAAGUGAUGUGUUCAGUUUCGGGGUUGUUCUGCUUGUGAUGAUAACAGGACUAUCACCAAAAAUACUAUCAGGAACAGAAGAGAUUCACAUUUCUCGGUGGGUUUACUUGAAUGGUAAAAAUGGUGAUGUUACAAAGAUAUCAGAUUCGAGGUUUGGAGGAAAAUUUGAUGUGAAUUCUAUGCGGAACGCAAUUGAAUUAGCACUGUCAUGCACAUCUUCGAAUCAAUCUGAAAAGUCAUCUCAGAGGCCAACUAUGAACAUCGUGGUGAAUGAUCUAAAAGUGUGCCUGGCUAUAGAACUUGGUACCCAAGAUGCUGAUCCAAAUCCUUGAUCCAGAGAGGUCGCUAAGAUCAAGCUAGUUGCAUCUAUAGUUGCAGAGUGCAAGUCCUUGAUUUUUAUUUAUUGUUAAUGUGGCCCGAAUUAGAUUCAUAUUUUAUUGGAAGUUUUCUGAUCA